AGGGCACAGAAAAUUGUUGUCCAACUCUCUUAGCAUCUCCAACACUCUUCUGUCUAAACACUCGAGUGGUUGCCAUGAAAUAUACUGCAAUAAUCUUGGUCCUUCUGCAAUGUUGUCUUGCUUUGAAGGCCAACUCAACGAUCCUGCAUAAGUAUGAGUCGAUCUUCAACUUCGGCGACUCCCUAAGCGACACUGGGAACUACCUCCGAUCCGCGGAGGGAUCUCCAACCGUGCCGAAUUAUCCUUAUGGCAAGACCUUCUUCGGGCAUCCGACUGGUCGUUAUUCUGAUGGACGUCUUAUAAUUGAUUUCAUUGCGGAAGCAGUUGGGUUACCCUAUCUGAAGCCCUAUCUUGAGGUAGUCAACGGCUCGGUCGAUGCUCGCGGUGGAGUUAACUUUGCAGUUGCUGGUGCCAAAGCGCUUGAUCCGACAUUCUUUGAAGCUCGACACAUUCGAACGAUCCCCAUGACAAAUUAUUCUUUAAGCGUUCAGCUACAGUGGUUCAAGAAACUCAAAUCUUCUCUUUGCACAACACAACAAGAUUGCGAUACAUAUUUCAAGAAGUCUUUAUUUCUAGUGGGGGAGAUUGGUGGAAACGACUACAAUCUUGCUUUCGCCCUUGGUGCAACCUUUGAGCAGCUCCGUCCCAUUGUCCCAGAUGUUGUUGGAGCCAUCACCAAUGCAAUCAGCGUAUGGCCCUUUCUUUUCUUGCAAGUGACAUGA